GCGAGCGUGGCGUGCCCCAUCAACUGCCACUGCGACUAUGGCAUGUCUGGCAUCUUGUUGGGCAUAUGUGUAAUCCUCGCCGCGGGCGUGUUCACCUGCUUUCCCGUCUUCCUGCAUUGGUUCGCGUGGGAGUGGUACUUCGACCUGUGCUGGCUCUGGUUUUGCCUCGGGGUCGUCACUCUGACGUUCGGCUGCGUCUGCGAGUGCUGCGUCGGCGCCCCCGACGCGAAGGCCCGGAAGGCAGAGGCGGGCGUCGAGGACGGCGCCGUGAAUGCCCGUGCGCUUUACAUUCUGAUCAACAACUGGUGA